AUGGCUGCCCUUCUUCGAGUGUGUCUUACCCACGGGCUUCUGGCGUGGGCAUCUCAGUACGACCCCCACGUUCCGCAGAAGAGCCCGUGGUUCGAGGGAUGGUACACUCGAAUCAGUGAGACUUCAUCCGGCCAAUCCAUCGGUCUUAUCAUCGGGCAUUACCCAAAAACGGACCGCUUAAAGGACGCCGCUGCUUACUUAGCCCUCAUCAUUGACGAGGGCAAAGGCAAGGUCGAUGUAGCCGAGGUGAAUCCCACAGCCCUCAAGGUGUUGAAGCGCGGGAAGGAGAUCGCAUCUGAUCCUGACGAUACCUCUGAGCCGGACUUUGAAGUCAGCGAUGGAGAUGGCAUGGUGAUGAUGAGGCAGCAGGGGACCAAGCAGCGGAUCUCCAUGUCCUUCCCGUCGCAGGGCUUCCGCUUCGAAGCCAACCUCAGCGAUCCCGUUCCCUGGGGAUCUCCUGGCCAGGGGCCCGAAGGGUGGGUUGGCAAGUUGCCGCUCCUGGCGCUUCAUUGGUACGUUUACUCUUUGGGUUCGAGGGCAAGCUUUCGCCUGGAGACGCCGAGUGGUGUGGUUUUCGGCCAGGGCCUCGCUCAUCAGGAGAAGAACUGGGGAGAGUCUUUUCCGAAGGCAUGGACCUGGGGAGAAGGACUUCAAGGUACCAACAAGCUGGCAUUUGCUGGAGGAACCGUGCCCCUGGGCCCAGUCUCAGUUCCGGAUGCCUACCUGCUUGGGCUCCGCACUUCAAAGCUGAGCUGGGACUUUCAUCCACAGGAUCCGGCAGUUUACUGGGUUUCAAACGAUGCCUGCAAGGGCAUUUUGAACAUCACGGCUUUGAGGCCGGAUCGGAUGCUCCGCCUCUCCGUCCAGGCCAGCUCAGAAGAGAAUGGAGGAUUGUUCAAGGUGCAGGGCCCUACCAUGACUGGUUUCAAGGCAGAUUCCUUUGAGAGCUACCGUGCCACAAUCACUGCAGAGGCAUAUUCAGGCCUUCUGCACGACAAGCUUGAGGAGAAGAUUGAGUUCACGCAGUCAGCGAUUGAGUUCGGUGGGGAGGCCUGGAAUUGUCCAUCUGGGCCAUCAGCUCGACCGGCGCAGCUGCAGGCACGGGUGCUACAAGCGCCAGCUCGGGCGCAGACCAAGGCUGGCCCAAGGCGAGUGCGCAGAGAGCUCCGGAGCCUCUCCGCCCUGGAGCGGGAUCGGGUGUUCAGUGCCAUGAAUAUCAUGAAGAAUACAUCCACAAAGGAGGGCCAAAAGACUUUUGGCCGCCUCUAUGUAUCAUACGACGACUUGGUGGCACAGCACUUGGAAGCAGCGGCUGCCAAGCAUUGUGACGAGGCUCACCUUGGACAGGCUUUUGCCACCUACCACCGUGCCUUCACCCUCCGCUUUGAGGAGAGCCUUCUCUCCGUUGACCCAAGCAUCGGUGCCCUGCCAUACUGGGACUACAACGUGGAAGCUCGGAGCGAGGACCCGAGGAAGAGCGAGAUUUGGGAGUGGUUCGGCAGCAGUGAAGGCGAUUCCGCUCAGGGCUUUGCCGUCAAGGACGGAAGGUUUGGACAUUGGCAAGUUCGAGCGGCUCAGAACAUCUCCAACCUGUCGAGCCCUUACGGUCUCCUGCGAAGUCCUUGGAACGUCAACCCUUCACCCUUUAUCACCCGACAUCCUUUCUCAUGUGGCGCCCAAACCCACUUCCAAGCCAGCUUUUGGGAGCUGUGCAUGAAGGCACCCUCCUACUUGGAGUGGUAUGCAUGCAUUGACCCUACGAUUCACACAUGGGCCCACAGCUUCCUGGGCGGUGUUUGGGAUACGGAGCGCAAUGUCUCCCGAGUAGAAUGUUAUUUGACCAAUGCCGUCGGCAUCCCAGCUGCCUGGGGCAGCGGCUGCCUUCAGUGCAACACCAACUGCUCCGACCCGCGUGAGGCGCAGCGAUCCUGUGCCUGCCGCCGGUCUGAAGAGCUGCGCUGUCUGGCAGACCGAGUCUUGGCCCACAAGGCGCCCACAUACGGAGAUUUCGCUGAUGCCUGGACAUCUCCCAACGACCCCAUCUUCUUCUUCCACCAUGCCAACGUAGAUCGGCACUUGAUGACUUGGCAGCAGAAGCACAAAGAGAAGGCUCCUCACUUUGGCUUCUUACAGCCUUCCCUUCCCUGCAAGGGCCAUGGUCUUGAGGAUGUGGUUGGGGCGGCCAACCCCUUCGAGGGAGCUUUGCUGGGGCUUGAGGAUGACCAUCUCCUCACGAACGCGGACGUCUUGGCGGCAGAUGGACUUCACUCAGGGCCUUACACCUACGACACAUUGGCUCCGCCAAAAACCUCUUUGCGAAGUCAACCUCGGCCCUGGGAUUGGGCUCAAACAAAGCAGUCUCUCACGGCCGCAAUGGCUUCAGCCAUCCGACACAUGUCAGCAAAGUGA